AGACAAAUACCAAGAAAUAACUCAUUUAUCUCGUUACCCUGUUCACGAUAAAUACUUGCUUGUCGGUGGAGGAAUAUUUAAACUAUGCAUCCCUACUAGUCUAUUGACGAGAAAAAUUUACCGCCUGCAUGAAGAUCUUUAG